CGCGCAUUCUCGUGACAUUUCGGAAAGGUAGGUAGUAGGUAGUGGAUCCACUUCCGACCGGCUCAUCACAUCCAACACUUCUGUCAUUAGUGUAUUGUUUGGACACAAGUGGAUUUAAUUUUAGGAACUUAUAAUGAGUAUUUGGUGGAGUCUACCAAUCUUUGCUUUGGUGCACUUGUGUGGUGGAAACCCCAAUACCCCCGUCUGCGAUGUCACUCAUGAUUCCCAAGGGUGGCAUUAUAAGAUCAUCGGGGAGAACAAGCCUCCCGGCGUUUAUGAAUGGCGCAACGCAACGAAUCACACGUUGGCUAAUUCCAUACAAAAUGAAAGCGCCGAUGUGGUCCAGUGGCACAACUCCACGCAUCUUCAUUCCAAAGUUUGUUUGCUAGGCAUCAGUCACAAACGAGACCAUCACACGGAGUCUAAGGAACAAAUUAUCUAUUGCCCAGUCAACUGCACUGAAAAUGAUGAAGCUCCUCCGUUUGAUGUCAACUGCACUAAAAAUGAAGAAGCUCCUCCGUCUGAUGGUACCAUAGUUGGGAUCGUCGUUGGGAUCGUCGUUGGGAUCGUCGUUGGGAUCGGCUGCGUUAGGGUGGUGGUUUUUUUGGUGGUAGAAAAGCGUGAAUCAUUGGUUUCAUUUUUUGGAAGGAUUGGAAUGCAUCCGCAAUGCACUCAAUCCCAGGGAUAUGAAUUACCGGUUUUUUCCAUGGAUAAUGCGCAAAAUGUAACUGUAGUGUCGUGAUAAUUAGACACUACCCCUUUAAGAGACGGAGGAAGUGAGAGGGCAUAAAACAGAGAGCGGGAGAGUUGUAACAAAACAGAACGAGCGAGGAGUCAAUGUUGCACUACCUGUAACUAUGAAUGAAAGUUAUUAAAGCUUCAACUUCAAAGAUCUAAACUGAGAGGACAUCCAGUUUCUACAAUGGCGACGAGGAUAUUGCGCGACUGACGUAAAUGGAUCCCCGCGACGGAGUUUCUACCGCUCACAACUGUUAGCCUGCUGGAGCGCAGGAUAGCCGCUUUGCUGGUGACGGUCUCGUGAGUAAACGGCCGUAUGGCGGACGUAGUUUGAUGCUGGAAUAUCUCCGGUGCGAAGCUGUUUUACUAUCUGGCCUCGCAUCUUAAGAAAGAAGACGCCAUCGUCUAGCUAAUGACGCUCGCACUAUAGUCGGGAGAGACGUGCUAUUGCCUAUCGCAGACGAAGGGGCUAGCAACGGCUACACACGUGGACGUGACUGGACGGUGGUAUUCCUGUGGGAAGACAAAGAAAACGCUGUCGAACAAACCCUAUUGUGACAAUGGCGGGUGUGGCUGGAUUACCCGCAUUCCCCCUUUUUGAUGUACACGCAGAGUCGGCUUCCCUUUCCCUGAAAUGGACGAAGUGGAUGAGGAGAUUUGAGACAUUUCUCACGGCGGCUGCCAUAACUGAUAAAACAAGAAAAAAGGCUAUGCAGUCAUGGUAGCUGGUGAAUACAUUGAUGUUCUUGUUGAUUCGGGAGCCUCAGCUGAUCUCCUGGAUCGAAGAGCCUACGGCGCGUUGAAAACGAAACUCAAACUGGAGCAGUCAAGCAAAAGGAUAUACCCUUAUGGUACAAACGUUCCCCUUUCCCUUCGUGGUAAGGUCACCACAACAGUCUCUGCCAAUGGGAGAACAGCUCAGGCAGCAUUCUACGUUGUUGAUGGAGACCACGGCUCGCUGCUGGGCCAUGACACUGCAACUAAACUAGGUCUCAUACAGGUGCAACCUUACAAGCUCAAAAUUGUUCACAAACCUGGAGGAUCAAACUCGGCGGACUACGUGUCACGCCAUCCACAAACACUUCACACGCCCAGUAUCACAGAUGACGUGGACACUGGAAUGCAUGUCUCCGUCAUUGCUACACAUGCAGUACCCAAGACUGUGCAUCAACCGCUGCGAAUGUCUGAACUCCCACAGGGGCCUUGGGAGGAUGUUGCAGUGGACUUCUGUGGCCCCUUUCCUUCAGGUGACUACCUGUUAGUCCUCAUGGAUGAGUGUUCGAGGUUUCCCUUUGUGGAGAUUAUGCCAUCUACAUCGGCAUGCAGACUCAUCCCUGUCAUGGACAAAAUCUUUUCGACAGUGGGAAUCCCAAAAGUGGUGAGAAGCGGUAAUGGGCCCCCAUUCUCGAGCAAGGCUUUUUCGGACUUUGCAAGAUACCUUGGAUUCCACCACAGGAAGGUAACCCCCUACUGGCCACAGGCCGACACUGCAGUUGAAAGGUUCAACAGGACUCUGACCAAAGCGAUCCACACAGCUACGCUGGAAGGCAAGCCGUGGAAGCAAGAGCUGUACAAGUUCCUCAGGGACUACAGGGCAACACCUCAUCAUACCACCAACCGGCCUCCGGCUGAGGUGUUCUAUGGUCGGCCCAUAAGUAUAAAGCUGCCGUCCAUCUCUCAUCCCCCCAGUGAUGAUGAUCUCCGUCGGACAGAUGGAUUGAGGAAGGACAAAAUGAAGAAGUGUGCGGACGAAAGGAGGAACGCAUCACACUCUGUGCUCAAGGAGGGUGAUGUUGUCCUAAUACAACAGAGGAAGACGGGAAAACUUGUGACGCCCUUCAACCCAAACCCCUACAAAGUCAUCGCAGUGAACGGAACGAUGGUCACUGCACGGAGACAGGACCACAGACUCACAAGACAUAGAUCGCACUUCAAACUCUUGAAGCACAAACCGGAAGUCCCAUUCACAACAGGAGGCGGUGAUAACUGUGAUGACGACAGUGUUAAUGGACAAGCAGGUGAUCCCGAACACGUUAACCUUGAAACCAGGAGGCGACGCCCUGUGAGGGUAAACAGACGACCGCCUCAGACUCAUCACUGAGAUAUAGCAAAGGCCAUAGAGUGAUGAGACACUGACAAAUUCUCGCCACCGUUAUGUUUGUUAUCGACACAAGAGUAAUGUGUGUUCAGUACUGCUCAGAGAUGUUAAGCUUAGUUAUUUGUUAAAGUGUUUGUAUAUCUGAUUUUGAAUUCAUAGUAUAAUACGGAAUCACAAUUUUACAUGACUGUAUUUUGGAAACCACUUUAUUUCAAUUGUACAUUCUGUCAGGGUAAGUAAAGCUGAAACUAAGGAAGGACAUUUCAUUUAAAAGAAAAGGAGAGAUGUAGUGUCGUGAUAAUUAGACACUACCCCUUUAAGAGACGGAGGAAGUGAGAGGGCAUAAAACAGAGAGCGGGAGAGUUGUAACAAAACAGAACGAGCGAGGAGUCAAUGUUGCACUACCUGUAACUAUGAAUGAAAGUUAUUAAAGCUUCAACUUCAAAGAUCUAAA